AUGGGCCCCUGUACCGCCUCCUCAUGCUGCUGCCAGGCCCGUAAUCUGCCAUGGGCCCCGUUACCGACUCCUCAUGCUGCUGCCAGGCCCGUAAUCUGUCAUGGGCCCCUGUACCGCCUCCUCAUGCUGCUGCCAGGUCCAGAGUGUGUCAUGGGUCCCUGUACGGCCUCCCAUUGCUGCUGUCUCCAUCGCCACACUCUGCCAUGUGCCACUUUCAGGUCUCCUCACACUGCUGGUGGGUUCCAUUUUUUCAUAGGGUGCUGUAUGGCCUCCCAUUGCUGCUGCCUUCCACCGCCACACUGUGGCUCCACACUCUGGUUUUGGCCCCGUGACUGCCCAAAUGAGUGAAGUGUGCGGUGAUUCUAAGAUCGACGGCACUCAUCUGCAUGUCAUACUGACUGACAGUAUUAUUUCUCUUCCCCAGCAGACUCCAAGGGCAUUUAAAUUAAAGGUACAGUGUUCUGCACUAAUAUAA